CAUGAAGUUUGUCCUAGCACGGCUCCCCGUACUUGCCGGGCGGUAGUGGAGGUCAGGCGUGCUCGUCCAACAACUGUGAAAUGCCGCCCAAACAUUCGCCAAUGCCAUUCCAAACACACGGACAGAAAGCAAAAUGCGCCUUUUAAAAUGUCCCAAGUGCUCGAAUGGACUGAAGGCGUAAAGGAAGGAGGAGAGCGACACCGAGAACUGAGCGUCCGUUUUGUCCUACAAAGGCAGUUUGACGGGCCCGGCGUUAAAGGAGGCGAACAAGGCGACUACAUGAAGCAAUAAGCUGUCUUUUCCAUCAAAUAUUUAAAAAAACAAUUGAAACAUGAGGAAGGACGUGAGGAUACUACUCGUCGGGGAACCCAAAGUGGGGAAGACGUCCCUAAUAAUGUCUCUGGUCAGUGAGGAGUUUCCUGAUGAGGUUCCUCUCAGAGCUGAGGAGAUCACCAUCCCAGCAGACGUCACUCCAGAGAGGGUGCCCACGCACAUUGUGGAUUACUCAGAGGCAGAACAAUCUGAUGAGCAGCUAUAUCAAGAAAUAUCAAAAGCCAAUGUUAUAUGCAUAGUGUAUUCAGUCAACAACAAGAAGUCCAUUGAGAAGGUUACCAGCCAUUGGAUUCCCCUCAUCAAUGACAGAAUAGACAAAGACAGCAGGGUACCGUUGAUUCUUGUGGGCAACAAGUCUGACCUGGUGGAGCACAGCAGCAUGGAGACCAUCCUGCCUAUCAUGAAUCAAUACCAGGACAUUGAGACGUGUGUGGAGUGCUCCGCCAAAAAUCUAAAGAACAUCUCAGAGCUCUUCUACUACGCCCAAAAGGCAGUUCUCCACCCGACCGGACCUCUUUACUGUCCAGAGGAGAAGGAGCUGAAGCCAUCGUGCAUUAAGUCUUUAACUAGAAUCUUUAAAGUGUCCGACCUGGACAACGACGGCAUCUUGAAUGACAAUGAGCUCAACUUCUUUCAGAGAACGUGCUUCAAUACGCCACUGGCGCCGCAGGCUUUAGAGGACGUUAAAAAUGUGGUCAGAAGGAACAUGGCUGAUGGAGUCAAGGACAACGGGCUCACGCUGAAAGGCUUUUUAUUCCUUCACACCCUCUUCAUACAGCGCGGUCGACACGAGACCACCUGGACCGUGCUCAGGAGGUUUGGUUACGAUGACGACCUGGAGCUUACGCAGGAAUAUCUCUUCCCUGUAGUCAAGAUCCCUCCUGACUGUACAACAGAGCUGAACCACAACGCUUACCUCUUUCUUCAGAGCGUUUUCGACAAACACGACAAGGACCGGGAUUGUGCGCUAUCGCCAGAGGAAGUCAAGGACCUGUUCAAAGUGUUUCCCUACAUGCCGUGGGGUCCUGACGUCAACAACACCGUGUGCACUAAUGACCAAGGAUGGAUCACAUACCAAGGAUACCUCUCCCAGUGGACGUUAACGACAUACCUCGACGUCCAGCGGAGUUUGGAGUAUUUGGGCUACCUGGGUUACUCCAUCAUCUAUGAGCAGGAGUCCCAAGCAGCUGCAAUAACAGUGACACGCAACAAGCGCAUUGACCUGCAGAAGAAACAGACUCAGCGCAGCGUCUUUCGCUGCAACGUCUUGGGGGCCCGAGGCAGCGGGAAGAGUGGCUUCUUACAAGCCUUCUUGGGCAAGAACCUCCAGCGACAGAGGCGGAUCAGGGAAGACCACAAGUCCCUUUACGCCAUCAGCACCACUUAUGUGUACGGUCAAGAGAAGUACUUGCUGCUCCACGAGAUGAUGCCAGAUUUGGACUUCCUGUCCGAGGUUGACCUCGCCUGCGACGUGGUCUGCCUAAUCUACGACGUCAACGAUCCGAAUUCUUUCGAGUACUGCGCCAAAAUGUACAAGCAAUCCUUGAUGGACAGCAAGACGCCGUGUGUGGUGAUAGCCGCUAAGUCCGACCUGCACGAGGUGCGGCAGAACUACACCCUUUCUCCACACGAGUUCUGUCGCAAACACAAGCUCCACCCUCCCCAGCCAUUCACGUGCAACACCACAGAUGCGCCCAGCAAAGACCUCUACACCAGACUCACCACCAUGGCCAUGUACCCCCAUGCCCGGCUGCGUUGCAUGUGUGCCUGCAACAAGUGCGCCUUUUGCCUGUGUCACAAGCUCCUCAAGAUGGAGUUGCUGCGCAGCAUUCAGGCCCAACUGCGCAGGGUCGCUCACAACAGACACAUGGCGCAAGCAGACCUGAAGAACUCCACCUUCUGGCUGAGGGCCAGCCUCGGCGCCACCGUCUUCGCAGUGCUGGGCUUCGCCAUGUACAGAGCACUUCUCAAACAGCGGUGAUCUCCUCCUCCUCCUUUUCAUUGUCACCUGAGAGACUGUCUGACCUGUCCAGUUAAGUCCUGCUCGCCCAAAACCUUUCCUCCAUCAUUUUACAUGUAUCUAAACAUGAAGUCUCAAUCCCUAUUUUCCAGCGGUGAAAUGCAAUUUGUCAUCUUUCUCACCUUCUUGUCCAUUAUGAAAUUUAGCUGGAGUCUCAUUUAGUUUCUUCUCAGGUCAAGCAUUAGCGGAGGCAGGACACCACAAAGGUGUUAUUGGAUGUUUAUGUCCUCUCCCCCCAUGACACUUCACUUUUACACACAUGAAUGCCAUGCAGUGGUUUCUUUUUAUUUAUUAACCUCUCCAUUACUUGUGUCCACACCAAACCAUAUAUUUUUGUAUUUAGCACACAUUCAGUUUGGUUUUUUGGCUCUAGUUUUCAACUUUUACUUUCAUAUGUUACAGGAUUAUUGGAAUAUUACAAGUUGGGUAUUUUUCCCCUCCUGUUGGCCGCAUGUCAUUGGGUCAAAUGGCGGCUAGUUUGGCAGCAACAAGUAAAUAAACUGAUUUUAAAUAUG